AUGUUUCAGAAUUCAAGAACCCCUGGAACUCUUGUUCUCGCAGUUAUAAAUGGAAGUGCUGCUCAAAGUUUUUGUCAUCGGUUGGUGCUAAUGUGCCAAGAAUCUGGCAUGACUUGCAAACAAGAACAUAUUCACAACUCCAUUGUCUCAACUCUUCUUGCAUUAAUGGAUGGUUUGGAUUCAAGGGGACAAGUGAUUUUAAUCAGGGCAAUAAACCGGAUCGAUACGAUUGAUGGAGAAUUGAGAAGACUCGGUAGAUUUGAUCGUGAGUUUACUUUCCAAUUACAUGGUUUGGAUGCACGUGUUGAAAUUCUAGAUAUUCAUACAAGAAAAUGGAAGCAACCACCUAUAAAAGAGUUGAAAUUGGAGCUUGCUACAAGUUGCGUGGGGUAUUGUGGGGCUGAUAUGAAAGCUCUUUGUACGGAAGCUGCUAUACAUGCUUUUUGUGAAAAAUACCCUUAG